AUGGAAAGCCCACACGAGCAUCAGCAGAACCUGCUGCUGUCCCGCAUCAUCACCAACGUGGAGAAGCUGAAUGAGGCCGUUGUCGUCAUGAACAAAAGCUUGCAGGAAAUCAACAUUCAGAACAUGAACGUAGAGUUGGUGGCGCAAAUGUUCAAAAACUACCAGUCCAACGUCCUGUUCCAUCUCGAAGCUACGGAUAAUCUGAAACCACCCUCGUAA